GCGGGGUGCAUGGUUGUCACCUUUCGGCACUCAAACACGAGAGUAACCCCCCCGUUCGUACGUGGUGAGAGCCGUCGCUAGGCCGUCACCCAAGCCACUGCUCCAUCUCGCCGCCGCACCGUGCAAGCCGGGACAUUAAUUAUGAGGAAACUGCAUCAUCACAAGCGAAGGCCAACGUUGGCAAAGACAAGAAGAAGAAGGCGCCGUGGUAUCGGCACCAAGCUUCCUAGCGCAGCCUCGUCCGUUGGCAAUGACAACCAACCCGCGCCCUUCCACGACUCCAAGAACUCCCAGGACACGGCCCAGCCGCUCCGAGGGGCUGGCUGGCUGGCCACAGGACUAAGCGACGACCGUCCUAACAUCUCCUCGGAGGAUUAUACCACGCCCUCCUCUGGGUGCCUCACAGUAGUCUCAAAACCCCCCGAUCCCCAAGCGACAAGCCUGUCUGGCUCGCAUUCCACGGCGUGCACACAGACACAGACACAGACACACCAAAACACAAACACGUUUCCGCAGCCAGCCAGCUCCUGCAACUCUGCCCAGAUGCCCAGAGGCGUGUGUUUCUGCCGCGGUCAAAGAAGUGGCUUGCACGGCUAA